GUUCAUGUAUAAAUAGGGUACACAUAUGCCCUGAAAGCCACUGCAUAUGAUUCAAAAACCAAACUAGAAGAGAAAGAAGAGAGGAAAAAUGGCAAUGGAAAGUACCAAAAAUGAGUCUUAUUUUGUUUUCAUGAACUACGAUCCGGAAUAUGAGCGCCUACGAGCUGAUCGAACAAAGAAAGGGGCAUAUGAGCUUGAUUUGUAUCUAAGUAAGAAGCAUGAUGAGCUUCUAGCAAGCACCCUUGAGCCAGGCAGCUACAAGAAGACAUUAUCUUUGGUCAUUGUUGAUGGUUUUUCUGUAGAAAUUACUGAGGAUCAGGCCAAUGAGCUUCGAUCUGCAAAUGGAGUGAGGAUUGUGGAGAAGAAUCAAGAGCUUGCUUAGUAUGGCAUUCUAGUAUAGAAGAUGUUUAAUAUAUAUGUCGGUUGGGACAUUUCUUAGCAACUGUAUCACUUAUCUUAAAGAGUUUAGGUAAAAUCAAGAGAGAUUUGUUUUGAGAAUCUCCUGUAUUGAUGCAAUUAUAACGCCAGCCAUCUAGUUUUGGAGGCUUAAUGCAGGUUCAGCUUGUUUCUGAA